CCAGCCUGUCUAUUUGCCUGCUGAAACUGGGCACGGGGAAAAAACAGCAGAGAAAGGUUCAAACCUGGCAAUACGGAUACACAUGGAGCCUCUAUCAGCGCAACUUCCCAUCUCUCCUCUACUUUAAAUGAUACGCUUCUGCAUAUAGUGUAGAAAUAGUAAUACUUUCUGAAUUCAUCUGCUGACCUUUUUUCACGUGUAUGUAUUUCCUCAUUUGGACCAAAAUUAACAUGGAUUUAGUAAUCUGAUUAAGUAUAGGGGGACUCAUUUUUUUCGUGGAACUGUCUUUUAUCUGCAUCCCAUAACGAGCAUCACCAUGGACGUUUUGGCGAACUAUAGUAUUUUUCAGGAACUUCAGCUCGUGCACGAUACCGGCUACUUCUCCGCGAUGCCCUCGCUGGAGGAGAACUGGCAGCAGACGUGUCUGGAGCUGGAGCGCUACCUGCAGACGGAGCCCAGACGCCUGUCCCAGUUCUUUGACCAGGAGCUGGACUGCCUGCUGACCCCCGCCUACCUGAAGGAGGACAGCGAAGAGGAGCUGAUGGACCCCCUCCUGCCCAACCUCCCCGAGGACCCCCCCAGCCCCCCGCCCCUCCUCUGCCCCUCCCGGAAGCACCUCUCCCCCUCCUCCGGACCCAGGAAACCAAGGCCCGGGGCCGGGGACAGGACGGGGGUGGCAGGGGUCCACCAAGCUCAGCUGAGCGCCGUCACCUCCCUGACGCCCCCGUCGUCCCCAGAGCUGGGGCCGCACCUGGCCAAGCCCGCCCACACCCUGAGGGCCUCGGCCGACGGCACCCUCACCCUCAAACUGGUGGCCCGGAAGAUGGGCCUCAGCGCAGCCAGGCUGGUGGCCGCCCACGCGCUUCCCCUGCCGGGCCGGCCCGCCGGGGGGAACCCCGAGGAGGAGGAGCCGGGAGCCACCUGCGUGAUCGGGGUGGGGGACAUUCCCGAGAACAAGAAGAGGGUCCAUCGCUGCCAGUUCAACGGCUGCAGGAAGGUUUACACCAAGAGCUCCCAUCUGAAGGCGCACCAAAGGACACACACAGGUGAGAAGCCCUACAAGUGUUCGUGGGAAGGCUGCGAGUGGCGAUUUGCCAGGAGCGAUGAGUUGACGAGGCACUACCGCAAACACACCGGCGCUAAGCCUUUCAAGUGUAACCACUGUGACAGAUGUUUCUCCCGGUCAGACCACUUGGCACUACACAUGAAGAGGCACAUCUAAGGAGGAGGAGGAACAGGAGAGGGAAAGGAGGAUAAGAGGAGAGGAAGAGGAGGACAAGGCGGGAGGAAAACAAGAUGGCUGCCCGCCAAGCUCCCGAGAUGUGGAGAGGUGGAGUGCCGGAACUGAAGCCUGGUCUCGUCAGGUGGCGGGAGAGGCUGGGGGAGGCUGGGGGAGGCUGCACACAGCAGCGUUGUCACAUGGAACAGAGACGUGUAGAUUUGUGUACAGACAAACCGCCCAUGACUGUCUUGGCGUCCUGGAAAUGGGACCUAGCCAGGUCUUUAUGCCACAGUUAUUCAGUGGCACAACACCAACUGCCCCCUGGGAUGUGUGUGACUGGAACGUCAGGGAGAUCUGCACCCUCUUGUCAUCUGUCAUGCUCCUGAAGGUUACCUUUCACGAGGAGCUACUACCAGCAACCACGAGGUGACUCUAUCAAUCCAACCAGGUGUCUUUCUUAACGACAGGUCACAUUGUACAGACAUGGCGACAAGCCCUUAGCAGACGCUUUGCGGUGUGAUUACGUAUGACAUUCACAAACUUGCCCUUCUCCCCCUCCAUCGCUUGUCCUGUUUCUCUCAGUUCCUCUCCGCCUGACAGCUGCGCAACUGACACUUUUGAACCUUUUUGUAGAACCCCCCCCCCUGUCCAGAACGGGAUUGUCUUGAAACUCACCAAACGUUGGCUUACAUGCUGCUCCGACAUGGACUGCCAUAUGCACAGAAGUAGUACAAGCAGCUAACUGCGACAGAAGCACAGACAGCUAAAAGAAACUCAAAAAUGUGUAAAGAUUAUUUUCUUUCGAAUACCGCCCCAACCCCCUCCUCCUAUGACCGAUUGAAAGUUGAAGGACAGAUCCCGUCAUUAAAAAAAAAAAAAAAAAAAAGAAGAAGAAAGAUUGAGAAUGUUUGCUGAUGUUAUCUUGUGUGUGUGAGACAGACUGUAUGGGACUGGUCAGAGCCUGGCUGUGGUUGGGACCCGAUAGUGCUCACAGGAGGGCUUCACACUUUUUCCCGGACAAAUGGCACUAACCAUGUGUGCUCGUCUUGGGAGCUCGAGGCGGACGCAGCGCGCGAUCACACGAUGUGCUUCUCUCUAUCCAACAUCAGACUGCAUUCCUGCUAAUGUCUAAAGUUCAUUUCUAUGGGCAGAGAUCAUUCCACCUAUGAUGUGGGAUUACUAUGGGGGACUGUGGGGAUACUGAUUUGUGUACAAUCAAAGGGGAUUGGGUGGCUCUCUCAAGAGCAAAUAAAUGUGAUGAAUGUACUGUUUUGUCAAGUUUGUGCAUGACACUGGAACCAGAGAGAACAUUAGAGGAGUUGGAUAUUAGUACAGUUUAUAGGUGGCACUGGUAAACACAUUACUGACAGUGUGGUCAUGAGUAGUGUCAGUCAAUUGUCUCAUAUAGAAAUAGCCAGAUGUAGAAAUUCCCUUGCCCUCAGCCGAAAUACCGACCAAACAUUUGUUUGUUGUCAUAGACAUUUUUUGUUAUCCCUGGUGGCCAUUUUGACAUCUGUUCUGUUAGCAUCAUCCCACAGCUGCCCACCAACUUGGCUGACAUUGACCAAUGAGAGGGUACUCUGACAGCAGGGUUACCUAGGUAAUGAGAGGGGAAAUAUGCGCCCUCAGCAGUGGUCAGUGUUGUCCGGGCCCAAAAACAGGAUGCAAUGGCGUGCGACCUCUCUCUCUCUCUCUCUCUCUGGUCAUGCUGACUGAGAGGUCACACCCCUCUGCUGACCGACACAGUCCAUUUCCCAGACGUGGUACUCUAAGUGUUAUCCUUCCCACUACACGCUCUCUCAUGCUGCAGCAUCAGUGCCCCAGGCCUGAAGACCUCCAGGGGUAGCCUUGCAUGACAGACAGCAAAGGGGAUGCUUUAAGGCACACCUUCACGAUGUCAAUUAUUUGCAAGUAGUAAAGAGAGAAAAGGAGAGAGGGGGGGAGGGCAAACAAGGAACACUUCCUAGGAGAAGAUACCGUUUAGUCCUGUCUCAUCUGUUUAACAUGAAGGGGACAUAAAGUGUGAUGGAGACCAAAAAUGGGAACAGGAAAUGGAGGACAUAUUUGAGAGAAUUAGACCCUUAAAAGGAGCCUGAAUAAUCACUAGCAGCUUUGCGUGCUAUUCAGAAUUGAUGGGUGAGACACUCAUAUGAACUGGCUGUGUUAGAUAAACAAAUGUUUUAUGUGAAUUUGGGCUCAUAAUUAAGGGGUGGCCCAUAUAUUUGAGGUUUUGAUGGUACUGUACUGUAUGUGUUACUUGAUGCGUAAUUCAUAACAGGAUAGACCGAUCCCAUCAUGGCUGGAAACACAAGUCCAACAGGCUUGGUUUGAAGCCAUCCCACCUUACUGGGUAGAAAUAUACCACACACAGCUGCAAUGUGCGUUAAAGGGAACGAGACAUUAGCUAGUUACUGUUGUUUCUCAUUUUACUACAGUUGUGGGUCUCCUGCUGCAUAUUGAUGAAUGAUUGUGUGUUAUCUGCUGUGCCUGUGUGUGUUGUUGUCUGUUAUUGCAGUCAGAGACUUACCAAACCUCUCUCGCACACACAUUCUCUCUCUCUGGGGCAAAUCUUUGGGAUAAAACCACUUGGAGCUGUUUUGGGUCCUGUCAAACAUAUUUUCAGGUGAUUUGGUGGCGUUUGUGUGUCCUAUACAUUGGGACUACAGGGCACUUUGUGUCUGUAAAUUCCCUGUAUGCGUUCAGUGAAUUGCUGUAACCAUGUGGCAGAACCUUGGACACAAACGGACGAACAACAGGCAUCGCUGUGCAUCUCUUUUCACAGGGUGCUUUCAUCUCUGUGGGUUUGACAUCUGUGAAACAGCAUCAGUGUACAUUGGUGUGUGAAAAUAUAGGAAUGAGUAUACCAUCGUGAGCCACAUACUACUAGUACCAAGUCUUAAUCUCAGAUGGGAAACUGCUCCUUCUUUUUACCAGCAUCUCCUCCCCCAUCCUCCUCUAGAACACUCUCUUCUAUCAUCUGUCUAAUCUGUUCAUCCAUCUCUUUAUCCACUUUCGCCUCUGUUCUUAUUCUCAUGUUUCUGUACAAAGUGUUUGAAAAUUAUUAUUUGUAUAUUAUGAUGUGAGUAUAAUAAUGUUCUUUGUUAUGGAAAAAGGAAAAAAUUAUUUUUGUUACUGGUUUGUUUCAUAAUUCUUUUUUAAAUUGGUAUUGUAAUAUCUCUAUGCAAGAACUGUUCAGUGAAUCCUUUUUAUUUAAGAAUGUAAUGUGUAGUAAAUUGUAGAAUCAGUUUGGUGUGUGGCAUCUCUCUUCUUAAAGCACAUAUGCUAGUUUUGAUGUUAUGAGUAAUAUGGUGCAAUUCAUCUCGCGCAUUCCUAACAGCUCUAUUCUUCCUCCAGUUUAUAUUAGAAAUUGCUCGCAGGUUUUCUCAAAGCUUUUCUAUAACCAAAUGAUAUACUCAUGAAAGGCCAGGGUGUGUUGAAGACAGAGACGGUAUUUCAUAGUGGAACAUCAGCACAGCAUAUAGACGCCCCCCUAUGAGCACAGAACAGGAGAGAGAUGCUCCUGGAGAUUGGCGCGAUAAGGGAUCCAACAUUCUCACUCACAGACACACUGCUUGUUAAAAACAAACUCUUCUUACCAAGGUGAUGACUUAUCUGGCAUUGGUGCAGCCUUCUGACCGUGACUAACUGAUAAAAGGAUAAUCGAAUAACUAAUGGCUAAUUAGGGAGCAAUUACGUGCUGUUAAAUGGCCCUGUGCAGUGUAUUAAUUCUGUUUCUAUCUGGCAGGGGGCUACUCUCAUAAGGUUUCUCAUUAAAUGCCCCUAAUUGAAAUGGGCACCCUCAUCAAGUAGCUUACAUGUGUCUGUCGAACGUAAUGUGCCUCUAUAUGUAAUUGCAGACAUCACAUUGCCUGGUAUCUACUAGUCAUUGCAUAUAGAUCAAUCAGCCAGACAGGUUAUGAAAUUGAAAAUGAGACUCAUUUUCACUCCCAGUCCCUUUGACAUCCCAUGAGUAUUUUUCAAUAUGAACAAAGAGACCCUGCCAUCAUUUUGAUCCCAAGGGGCCAUAUUGGGACUGACAACAUACGAGAAAUUGUAUUAUACCAAGAAAACCUGUUUUGAGAUUCAGCAUGAUAAGUUCACAGUUUUGAAAAUGACUAUCAUGAAAUAUCCCACUAAAUAAUCCAUGAUACACAACAAAUAAACCUAUUGAUG